AUGCGAAAACGAGAUCAAGAAAAGAAAGAAAAGAUGAAGAAAUACUCAGAUCAUGGACAACACUCGAAAACAACUCAUCUGAGGAUAGGAGCCACAGUCCUGAUCCGCCAACAAAAGAAGAACAAGUUUACCCCACCGUUUAACCCCAAAACAUUCACAGUUGAAGCUCGGAAAGGAACAAUGGUUACCGUCCAACGUGGCUCGAAGAAGAAAACACGCAACAUAUCCUUCUUCAAAAAGAUUGAUAAUCGUUUAACGGAUAGUUCAGAUGACGAAGAUGAUGACGACGAUUUUGAUUGCGACUGA